UAUCAAACAGCCCCUUUAUAAAGUGAAAAACCAGAGGGGUUUUAGGGUUUUGACGUCUUUGUUCUUCUUCACACAGAUCCUAACACAAAGAUGAGAGGCAUGGAGCUUUCAUUGAAUCACACGCAGAAGUUACGGCUACAAAGAGCACUCGAGUCACUCGAAUCUCUCUCUUCAGGAACCAAUUCUAACGCCUCCGUCACCGUCGCAGACUCCAUUCCGGUUAACCAAGAAGACGGCGUUCUAAAGGGUCAUGGGACUACAGAUCUUGAUGGUGAGGUUGUGGCAACUGUAUGUGGAGUAAUUGAGCGCGUAAAUAAGUUGGUUUAUGUUCGCACUUUGAGAGCCAGGUAUAAGCCUGAGGUUGGUGAUAUCAUAGUCGGUCGUGUUCUUGAGGUGGCUCCAAAGCGGUGGAGGUUGGAGAUUAAUUUUAGCCAAGAUGCAGUAUUGAUGCUUUCAUCAAUGAAUUUGCCAGAUGGCAUUCAGAGACGGCGAACUGCAGUUGAUGAGCUCAAUAUGCGUAGCAUUUUUGAAGAAAACGAUGUUGUCAGUGCUGAAGUCCGUGAUUUCAUGCGCGACGGGAGUCUACAACUGCAAGCAAGGAGCCAGAAAUAUGGAAAGCUAGAAAGGGGUCAGUUGCUCACAAUAUCUCCAUAUCUCGUAAAAAGGCGCAAACAACAUUUCCACCACUUAGAAAAAUACGGAAUCGACUUAAUACUUGGAUGUAACGGGUUCAUAUGGGUUGGCGAGCACGUUGAAGUUAAAGAUGACAUGGUUGAAGAUGAACACACGCCCACUAAACCCGACGCAAAAAGCAACAAAUCCCAAAUCUCACAAAGCCUUGAAGAACAAGAACAAACUUACACUCCGUUGGAAACCCGACAAUACAUAUGCAGGAUUGCAAAUGCUAUUAGGGUUUUGUCGACAUUGGGAUUUAGUAUUACACUUGAUGUGAUUCUUGAAAUCCUCGAUUUGAGCACCAAAAACGGUAUUGAUAUACAUGAAAUGCUUGGAGCUGAGUUUUGUGUUUUGGUUGCGGAAAAAGAAGCCGAAAGAAGAAGCUUGUCGACCCGAAAGAAACGGUAAAUUCGAAUUUUGGUAUUAUUUGGUUAUUUGUUGAAUUGUAUUUUGAGAGAGAAGUGAAAAUAGAUUGUAGUCUUUGAUAGAAAGUGAUAUGGAUUACAUAUGAUGGGAUUGUUAAGUUAUAACUAGUUUGGAUUUUGACUGUUUUCAUGCUUUGCUUUAGUGGUUUUGAUUGUUUUCA